AUGAACGAGUUAUACCAUCAGUCUGAGAUUUGGGUUUUGUCUUUAGAUGUCUACAACUUUCCUUUGACGGAGAAGGAUUUCUGCAUGUACUUUCAGACAAGUGAAUUUGGGACCGACAAGGGUUUCGAACUUUUUAUUCGUCAAGUCACGAACUGUAACGCUAGAACUCCACUUACUUCAGGUUCGACAUCUGUGAUUACAACGACGACGACAACUGUACGACCCACAACAAGUGUAAAUCCCACGACAGCAUUUAAGGGACUAAUAACUAAGACGACGCCUGAACAGCUGAAAAUUACAGAUGCAAUAACUACGACUUCUGAGGGGCUGACGACGACGACGACUCCUAAAAUGCAUACAACAACACCUAGAGACCAUCUCAUCUGUUACUAUUACUUGCAAGAUCAAGCAGGUAACGUUAGCAGUCCCCUGUACCCAAGAAACUACUCAAAUUAUUUAGAUUGUACCUAUCUCUUCACUCGGAACAACGACAGAGACAUCUGCCGGUUAGAAUUGAAAAUAUUUGACUUUGACCUCCAGGAUUCAGUCGGGUGCUUUCGAGAUUAUUUUGAAGUUGGCGGGAAACGCUAUUGCGGCAAUUAUUCUCAUAAGAUAAUAGGAAACCGUUAUUCAUCGGGUUCCUUUACAUUAUUACUUUCAGUUAAGCUAGAAUACGUGAGGAAGUAUGAGUUGGAAUUAGUAGACAGUGAUUAA